ACGCAAAGUCGCUCCGUUCACUCGCUCGUUUCUCUCAUUGCAACUUUUGCAGGCACUCACUCCACAGACAUGAUCACCAGCUGAAGCCAAGACCUGCAAUUUGGCUCUUUUUUGGAGCCAAAACAGCAUCGAGACCCGUGGAGUUAAGUUGCUGACAUCCAUUUUUCAUCACGCACCCGGGGCCGAUUAUCAAAUUGAAAUUCUGGAUGUGAUUUUUCAUUUUUUUUAUCCAUUUUCUCUCCCUGAUGAACUGGGUUAGUAAUGCAGGAGACAGCAGCGAUUCUGUCCGCGGCUCAAGAUGGCAGAUUUUUAUUGAGUUGUGAACAGUGCUGUCGCUUCAUUUUUUGCCAUGAAUAACAGAAAUCCUUGCACCGAUGGCCCCUGUAUACGAAGGUAUGGCCUCGCAAGUGCAAGUCUUCUCCCCUCACACUCUCCAGUCAAGUGCCUUCUUUAGCGUGAAGAAACUGAAGGUGGAGCAGAGUUGCAACUGGGAUAUGACAGGGUACGGCACGCACAGCAAGGUCUACAGUCAGAACAGCAAGCAGAGUGUCUCAGUCGCCCCAGUGGGCAUCAACGCCGCCAGUCUCCAGGUCUCCAACUCUUCCCUGUCCUACGAACAGGCCCUCCUCUUCCCGGCCGGCUCGGGGCACAUUGUGGUGGCCUCGGCCAGCAGCACAUCUGGGGCGGCUGGUCAACUGUUGGGCAGCACCGGUAGUAGCGGAAGCGGCAGCGGAGGCCACAAUCUGACGCGCCGCAGCACCGUCAGUCUGCUGGACACGUACCAGCGAUGCGGGCUUAAGCGGAAAAGCGAGGAGCUGGACAACAACAACGGCAGCGGGAGCAGCGUGCACGUGGUUGAGGAGCAGCAGCCGCCUGCACCCAUGAUCCAGAACAACACGCAGAGCGGGGCCACCGUCGCGACAGCGACCGCCUCCACCACAGCGACGUCCAAGAACAGCGGCGCCAACAGCGAGGGCGACUACCAGCUCUUGCAGCACGAGGUGCUUUGCUCCAUGACCAACACCUACGAGGUGCUGGAGUUCCUUGGUCGAGGGACAUUCGGGCAGGUGGUGAAGUGCUGGAAACGUGGCACCAGUGAGAUCGUGGCCAUCAAGAUCCUCAAGAACCACCCUUCGUAUGCGCGGCAGGGCCAGAUCGAAGUGAGCAUACUGGCUCGGCUGAGCACGGAGAGCGCGGAUGACUACAACUUCGUUCGAGCGUACGAGUGCUUCCAGCACAAGAACCACACGUGCCUGGUCUUCGAGAUGUUGGAGCAGAACCUGUACGACUUCCUUAAGCAGAACAAGUUCAGUCCGUUGCCGCUCAAGUACAUCCGACCGAUCCUGCAGCAGGUGGCCACUGCCCUCAUGAAGCUCAAGAGCCUCGGACUGAUCCACGCCGACUUGAAACCUGAGAACAUCAUGCUUGUAGACCCAGCCCGCCAACCCUACAGGGUCAAGGUCAUCGACUUUGGCUCUGCUAGUCACGUCUCCAAAGCAGUGUGCUCUACCUACCUGCAGUCUAGAUACUAUAGAGCUCCAGAGAUCAUCCUGGGUCUGCCCUUCUGUGAGGCCAUAGACAUGUGGUCCCUGGGUUGUGUCAUUGCUGAGCUGUUUCUGGGCUGGCCGCUGUACCCCGGAGCAUCUGAGUAUGACCAGAUCCGGUACAUCUCUCAAACGCAGGGCUUGCCAGCAGAGUAUCUGUUAAGUGCAGGGACGAAAACAACCAGGUUUUUCAACAGAGACCCCGACUCCACCUAUCCUCUAUGGAGACUUAAGACACCUGAGGACCAUGAGGCAGAGACGGGGAUCAAAUCUAAAGAGGCUCGCAAGUACAUCUUCAACUGCCUGGAUGAUAUGGCACAGGUGAAUAUGACCACAGACUUGGAGGGCAGCGACAUGCUGGCGGAGAAGGCCGACAGGAGGGAGUUUAUUGACCUGCUGACCAAGAUGCUGACCAUCGACGCAGACAAGAGAAUAACGCCCAUAGAGACACUCAACCACCCCUUUGUCACAAUGACACACUUGCUGGACUUCCCACACAGCACACACGUCAAAUCCUGCUUCCAGAACAUGGAGAUUUGCAAGCGUCGGGUGAACAUGUACGACACAGUCAAUCAGAGCAAGACGCCCUUUAUAACACAUGUAGCCCCUAGCACCUCCACCAAUCUCACCAUGACUUUCAACAACCAGCUUAACACUGUGCAUAGCCAGGCCACCAACCUGGCUCCCUCUUCCACCAGUGCCACCCUUUCCCUUACCAAUCCUGAUGUCUCCAUACUAAAUUACCAAUCUGCACUCUACCAGCCUUCUGCGGCCCCCAUGGCUGCCGUGGCCCCCAGGACCAUGCCCCUCCAGCCCGGUGCGCCACAACUCUGCGCCGCCCGACCCGAUCCCUUCCAGCAGGCCCUUAUCGUCUGCCCACCUGGCUUCCAAGGUUUGCAAGCAUCACCCUCUAAACACACUGGCUACUCAGUGCGGAUGGAGAAUGCAGUUCCCAUAGUAACGCAGGCCCCUGGUGCCCAACCUCUACAGAUCCAGCCAGGCCUUCUGACACAGCAGGCCUGGCCGUCUGGUACUCAACAGAUUCUCCUUCCGCCAGCAUGGCAGCAGCUCACACACACUUCAGUGCAACACGCCACCGUCAUCCCCGACUCCAUGACCAGUUCGCAGCCUCUGGCCAACUGGAGGAAUUCACAUCCCCAUGGCAGCCAUUACAAUCCCAUUAUGCAACAGCCAGCCUUACUGGCAGGUCACGUCACCCUGCCCUCUCAGCAACCUCUCAACGUGGGCGUGGCUCAUGUCAUGAGACAGCCAUCAAACAACAGCUCCUCCUCCAAAAAGAACAAGCAGCACCAGAUGAACAACAGGAAUGUGUCAGCAUACGACGUGGCCUCCACUCAGCCGGUGACGUCACCACAGCGCUCCAAACGAGUGAAGGAGAACACCCCUCCUCGGUGUGCCGUGGUUCAGAACGGCCCGUCUUCAACCUGUGCCCCAUCACAGACCUGCGGAGGUGGUGGAGGAGGGGGAUGGGGAGGCGAGCAGGCAUGUAGCACCACUCGAGACCACCACGGUCAACACAACCCUCCACGUCAAACCAUCGUCAUCCCCGACACUCCCAGCCCGGCUGUCAGUAUCAUCACCAUCAGCAGCGACACGGACGAGGAGGACGACCUCAAACAGCCCACUAACACCAGCACGUCAUCUAAACAGAGGAAGAAUGUCAUCAGCUGUGUGACGGUCCAUGAUUCCCCUGACUCUGACUCCAGCAAUACCAGCCCUUACGCUGUGGAGUCUCGGCCUAACGGCCCCAACGCCAACAGCUACGACUCCAAAGGUGCUGUCCUGGACAACUACAGCAACGGGAACCCCCGCACCAUCAUCAUCCCCCCACUGAAGAGCCAGACCAGCGAGAAUCUGGGAGAGUGUGAUAGACUCUUGCCUGACACGGUGAACCACCAGAACUCUACAUACAAGUUCAAAAUCUCCAAUGGGGGCUUGUCUGGCAACAACCACUCGUCGGGAGGCUUGGCUGGAGGCGGAUCAUACCGGCAGCAGCGCACGGGGCCACACCCCUUUCAGCAGCAGCCUCUAAAUCUCAGCCAGGCCCAGCAGCACAUGGCAGUUGAGCGCAACGGAGGUCACCGGCGACAGCAGGCCUACAUCACCCCCACUAUGGCCACCCAGGCUCAGUACUCAUUCCACAACAGCCCCACCCACACAGCUAACGUUCAUCCCCACUUGGCACCUCCUCAUCUGCCCGGGCAACCACACCUCUACACCUACACUGCCCCCACGGCACUGGGCUCCACUGGCACGGUGGCCCACCUGGUCGCUUCGCAGGGUUCGGCCCGUCACGCAGUCCAGCACGCCAGCUACCCGCCGGGCAUCGUCCACCAGGUGCCUGUCAGCAUGGGCCACCGCGUGCUGCCCUCGCCCACCCUGCACCACAGCCAGUACCAGGCCCAAUUUGCGCACCAGACCUACAUCAGUGCUUCUCCUGCCUCCACUGUCUACACUGGAUACCCGCUGAGCCCCACCAAGAUGAACCAGUACCCUUACCUCUAAAGCUGAAACACUGGAGCCCAGCCAAUCGCUGCUUACCAUUUCUACCCUUAUCCCACCUAGAGACAGAGAGACAUGCUGAAGCCUAUCGACCCUUAACCCCAUCCCCUUGUUCCUUUCAUGCUUAAACUUGAAGACAAUGAAGAUGCCGAUGGAUAGAGGAAGUGUACUCUCAGAGGGAACGGAAGGGUACUGAGGAGCUUUCUUUUUUUGAUGAGUUUUAUUUUGCCUUCUCAAAAGGGCCAGUUAACAAUUUAUUUUGUGAUCUGGAGGUUUUGUUUCUUUUAAAACAGAAGUCGAAGAAGAAGUUCUUGCUUUUGUUAGUUUCUAGGUCUCAUCAACAGGCCGUUUGGGAGAGACAGAGUUUCGUUCGACUGAGAUUUUGUUUGCUUUUCCCUUUCUUGAAAUCAUUCACGACUGUUGAGCCGAGGUCACGACGUGGAUGUUUUGAAUUCCUACGAGAAUUUUUUUUUUUUUUUUUUUUUGGAUAAGGUGAAAUACGGAUAUCUGCUGCUCUUCAAAGAAAAAAAAAACAUAACGAUGGCCUUGAACUGUCUUAAACUUUUCCAAAUUACUUGCGGCGAGCGGUAUUGUGCAUACUCCGCCGCGCUCUCCGACAAAAACACCUGGAGGAAUCUUCUGGAAAUAGGACGACAAAACUUUCUAGUGUAUUUAUAGACUUUUCUUUGUUUGUGUUCACAUUUAGAAAAGAAAAUACGUUUGUCAUACCGUAGAACAUUAGCUGGGCCCCUCUUUGUAGAAUGUAGCAGUCUGCACCCGUUGAUUUAAUGAAGAACCUUUCUUACACCAAUAGAUUCUUGUUUUUCCUCUUUCAAUGUGAUUGCACAAAGUGGUUACAAUAACAUAGGCAUGUUCAACAUGGUAGUCGGUCGUGCGUUUGCGUGCAUGUGUGCGCUCAGCACAUCUGUGCGACGUAUUCCUCCACAGUCUUAGGUUUAUCAUUGUUACCUCGUAGUGCCUUACAUAUAUUACGACAGUUUACUUGGCUGGAAACCCUCUAGAACCAGAUGCUAGUCAGAGAGUUGGCUCCUAGGUUGAACAUCUUCAUCCGAGCUCUUUCGUGUUUUUUUUUUGUUUUGUUUUUAAGUUCCAGGUGUAAGCAUUAGCCCUAAACGUUAUUUAAACGCUUCUCGUUUAGCGUGCAUGAGAUCUUUUACAUUUAAAGAUACUUGCCUGGGGUAAUGAACCAAAGUUGUCAUUUAAAGAUAAGUAACUUUUGUUCUGGAUAGUGGAUAUAAUUAUAUAUAGCGUAUUUACUGUACAUACCGUAGCUAUGCGUUUUAGUCACCUUGCAAUCAAUGCGAUGUCACUGAUUUUAGGCUGUAUAUGUCAUAAAAGGGAGACUAAAUGAAUAUUUCAUGGGAAAAGCCAAGUAUCGUUCAAUCAGUUGGAGAUUGGGCUGCACAGUUUGUUUAAAAUUAAAUAAAACAUACCAGGUCUGAAGAGGCUGUCUGUUUAUGGAAGGCUGGACUUUGUUUAGAAACCUGGGAAGGUUUGAGAAGGAGAGUCUUGUUAGGAGAAGGAGAGACUGAGGUGCUUGUGGAUUUUGAUGGGAAUUGUUGGGAGAGCAAGAGGGAGAGGGCAAAUUCCACAUUUUUAAUGAGAAUAGCAUGUUGGCUUUGAGCACGUUGGUAGAUGCCGAAGGAAGCCGUGCAGCACGACUGCACACCACACUCUGAUUUAAGCGCUCGUUCGAGGUUCUACGAAGAUCUGUGGGGUUUUUAUUCUCACGUACACUCUGGGGUUUCGAACAGCCCCAUGUUGCAAGAGGAUAUCUGCAACAACAUGCACCGGAAAUCAAAAUUGGCUUUGUCUUUUUCACUGUUUGUCUUACCAUAGGAAUCACUUAUGCUACAGGCGUUCUGUCAGUAAAGAGAUAAUGAAAGUGUAGAAAACUGUGCGCCAAUGCUUGUGUUAUUGCUGCUUAAUUUAACGUUAAUAUGCUAGCCAAUCAUUCACACUGUGUCCUAACCAUGUGCUCUGUAAUAAACCAAUUAUAAAGACAAGGAAAGUUUAUAUAGUACUUUUUACCAUUGAAAAGUCCAACAAAGAUGCUUUAAAUUGACCAGAAGUGACAAUAAAAACAUAUAAUAAUAAUAUAAUAUAAGAAUAAAAUUUCAAAUAAAUGCUGUUGUUUGAAGUUUCUAUUCUUCAAAGGGUCCUGAAAAAAAAAAAAAAAUCAUGGUUUCCACAAAUAUAUUAAGCAAAAAACUGUUUUUGACUUUGUUAAUAAUAGAAUAAAUGUUUCUUGAGCAGCAAAUCAGCAUAUUAGAAUGAUUUCUGAAGGAUCAUGUGACACUGAAGACUGGAGUAAUGAUGCUGAAAAUUCAGCUUUGCCAUCACAGGAAUAAAUUACAUUUUAAAAUAUAUUACAAAAGAAAUCAGUUCUUUAAAAAUGUAAUCAUUUUUCACAGUAUUUUACUGUAUUUUUAAUUACGUAAAUGCAGCCUUAGUGAACAUAAAAAAUGUAAAACAUUAAAAAAAAAAUAUUACCAACCCCAAACUUUUGGAAGAGUAGUGCAACAACAAGGAAAACUAAAAGACUGUUUUAAAGUUUUAAAAAUUAACUUAUUUUUUAUAAUCAUUUAAUCAUCAAGUGUGGAAUGAAAGGAAUAUGAAAUUAUAACAAAAAGAAAAGAAGAUGCUUUAAAAUAAAAUUGAAUUUAAAUGAAUUAAAAGUAAAGAAAAAUAACACAUCCAUAGGUUUUUGUAUUUUGCGCGACAGGAUGUUUUUGCGUAGUCUGGUGCGCUGGGUAGCCCCGCCCAUAGUGAAAUCUCAUUGGUCCAAAGUUAUCUGCAUAGCUUUAUGCUAAACAUCAGGCAUGUUCUGGUUGGCUGUGAUUAUGCGCCUGGUUAGGACACAGUGUUUGUUUUGUUUUUAUGUUUUCUGAUGGGCACAUGCUGAUGGAUUAUCGAAUAUAUCCCAUUCUGCCCUCACGUAACGCCACAAAACUUGCAUUUGAAGUAGUUUUUACUUUGAGAUGUUUCUAUUUUAUUGUUUUACUUCGCUAGGUAUAUUGUUUUCUCAUAGAGAGUGUUGCAAUAAUGUUUGUGGAUGUUUAUUAUUUUUUUUUAUGUUAUAUGUCAAGCAUCAUUUGUUUGAUUUCUGGUGGUCGAUAUGUAACUGUGAUGUUUAGUAUUCAUAUGUGGACCCUCGUCUGGUAGAAAGCAUAGACUUUGUCCAAGUGCUCAGCCAAGAUCUCACACCAGUUACGUUGUACCCGAGCCUUCAGUUUGAUAGCUUGUCAGAUUGAUUCAUUAAGCUGUGUGUUAUGACGUAGGAUGUCAAUAGAUGUUUUUGUUGUAUGUUUGUUUAAGCUUAAGUUGGAUGCUCAUUCAAGCACACAGUUAAGAAAGGCUCCUUCGAUGAUACUCCCAUAAAACAUUCCAUUCCGGAAGGAGCCAUUUCUGACUGCACUGAUCUGUAGUCUCCAGUCUGUCUCACCUCACAGGGACCGACCUGUACGACCAAAUUGGGACUCCGCUGGCAUUUAAGGAGUUUUGGUUCUUCCCACCAAAGAAAUUCAGCAUGUCUUUGAUGCGCAGGCGUCUCUCUUGCUGUAAUGGAGAAGACAGAGUGAGUGAUCAGGCUGGUGUCAAAAAGGAACUUAUAGAUGGCAUACACAAAAUAGAGAUGACACAAAUAAUGCACUCUCAUGUUCUCUCAGAACUUAGUGCAGUUGUUGUUAGCAGUUAGCACAGUAUAAUCCAGUGUUUUGUACCUUUCUCAUACAUUUUGUCAGUGUUAGGGUGGAAAAAUCUCCGAAUUUUGGAUCUAGUAAGUGGAUUUGUGUAAAAGAAAAUAAGGCCCUUAGAUUGUCAAUGCCACACUUUUUUUUCUUUUAUUAAAGCUGUGGUGUGUAAUUAUUUACUCCUGAAGAUUAUAUACACUGUGGCGCUUUGAAGAUCGCUUCGCUUUGACGUAGCAACAUUGGCUCAACCAAUGGUGUGAGAUGUGGGCGUGGCUAUCUGUUAGUCCAACCAAUGGAAAAUAUGGAGUGUGUUUUGAAUCCAUUUUUAUACUAUUCUGUUUGGUGACGCAUAAAUUACACACUGCAGCUUUAAAUUUCAGCUUUUGUAAGCUUUAUUAUUUUGGUUUUAACUAAAUAUUUAAGAAUCACACAGAUAAAUUAGCCUUUUUAGAUGAAUUGAAUCAGUACUGCUACCUUUAAACUGGUCACUAGUACAAAAUGAAUGUAAAAUUUGAGACUAAAAUAUUUGAUAUACAUGAUGAUCACUGUUGGAUUUCUCUCACUAGACUUGAUCUAGCAUUAAUUUGAUCAGUAACACAAUGUUUUUCAUUCUCAUCCAAAAUUAAAACAUCCAGUUUGAUUUUUUUAACUCAUAAUUGAAAUCUUAGAAAGCCCUAAUGACUCUACAAAUGUAAAUGUAUGAAUUAUGAACAAGAAGUCAUGUUGUUGUUUUUUCUUUAAAAUUCAGACUUUGUCUGAUUUGUAUACAUCAAUGAAGAUUAUGCAACCAAAAUGUGCUAGAAAUAAGCAUUCAUGCAAUUCAAGUUUUUUUUUUUUUUUUUUUUCUCCAUCUUGUGUCAAAAUCCUGCCUUCUCCUUUAUUAACUGCACGUGAAGCUUUAAGGAACCAUGAAUAUGUGCUGUAUUGGUGAUUUUUGUGAAGCCUGGGGUUUUGUUACACAUUUAGCUUCAUGAAUAUACAACCUACAAUCAAAAUCCUACUUCCGACAUUACAGAAAGCAAUGGAUUCUGGCACUGUAAGGAUUGAAAAACAUUCCUGAAAUACCCCUGAUGACGUCUGAUGGCACCCAAAUCAACACUUUUAAAGCACAUGAUCAUGAAUUAACUCAAAGCUUGCAGAAAUCACAAUGAAUUGUUGUUUAUUUUCUGUCACUGAAGUGGCCACAGUACUUCCAGAAUUGUAAAGCUUUUGUUUUUUUUUGUCUCAUCUGUGGGCUAAAACAGAAGCAUUAAGGGUUAAAUGCACCAUUAAACUUGAAUGAAUGUGCUAAGAGGCCAAAUAUGACAAUACGGCCAUCUCCAUAUGUUGUUUUAGAACCAAAAAAAAAAAAAAAAGCUAAACAAUAAUCGUUACGCCCAAGAACACUCAUCGGUCAACUUUUUUUUUUUUUUUUUUUUUAAAUCUACUGCAUAGUUCCUGUCAGGAGUGUGUAUUACAGAGUGACAUUACUACAAGCGUGUAAAGCGUAAACUAUUCACAAAAUAGAUAAGAAACACCAGUGAAUGCAAGUGAACUUGUUUGUACAGAAGCGUCACUCAUCACACGAGUCGCCACAGUAACCCGUUAUGUAGCUGUGAUGCACUGUAGCCGUUUGUGCAGCCAUCGAAGACGUGAACAAUUUUCUACUUGCACAGCAGCGAACAUUCACAGUCAAAUGUAAAAACUAAAUAUUUUUCUACAAUGUUUCAAGACCUAAGAAAGCAUCCGACCCCCGACCCCUGAUUUUUGUCGACUGCUGUAUGGUUUUCUCAGUAGUGUGUAUCACAUUAGUUGUUGUCAAAGCUAUUGUGUGCUGCAGUAUUUCCAGGUAUACUUCUUUGUUUAUUGUCCUUUUUUAUUAUAAUUAUUAUAAUUUUGCUUUGUUUAUUGGAGAUUUGAAGAAGUGUGAUGUCUCAUUAUUUCAAUCUGUUAACGUAGCAUUACAUGUACCCUGUACCUUAGGCUAAUAUUAUUAAGUAUGCUAUGAGAAUGGAUAUUUUACUGGCUUUAUAGAAUGUUAAAAUGAAUAUAAUAAUGACAAUAAUAAGAAUGAUUUAACUCCUAAAAAUUGAGUACUUGCUACUAAGCGCUUGUGUUACCAUUACAAAUGUUGUGUGCUUCUCUUAAUAAUUUUCGUUGUAGAAAAAAAAAACCUGAGUGAAUUUUAUUAGGCUUCGACAACUAAUGAUAGCAGUGUAAAUUCAUCGAGGAUUUUUAACAAACCUGGGGUUAUAGAAGAAUAUAGUUAUUUUAAUCGUUCUAUUUACUAACUGUAGGGUGUGAAGGGGCUCGCGUCGUGGUGAACUAUGUUAUAGCUUGUUAUUCACUGUUACUUUUGAUCAUUUUUCGGUCUCCAAGGUGAAUCGAGUUAUUAAAGGAAAUUUGUAUGCUCACAUAUGCAUAUUGUAUAUGUGUAGAAUUGUAAUCACACUUUGUCUUGGAUUUACAUUAAACUGUUAAGUCACGGCA